AUGGGUGAUUCCUCUGGCACAUUCAAGGUUGAACCUUCAAGUCCUUACUACAUCAAUAAUUCAGAUCAUCCAGGUUUGGUAAUUGUACCAAAGCCUUUGAAUGGAGAUAAUUAUGCAACAUGGCGCAGAUUCAUGACUGUUUCAUUGAACGCAAAGAAUAAAUUGGGUUUCGUUGAUGGAACUCCCAAAAAGUCAUCAUCAGAAUCCAAUCCUGAUGAACACGCGAUAUGGAUGUGCUGUAAUGACAUGGUUUUCUCCUGGAUUGUCAACAUGCUUGAUCCUGAAAUCAGCGAUAGUGUCAUAUAUUGUACCACGGCCUGUGAGAUUUGGGAGGAUCUCCGUAAACGAUUCUCUCAAAGCAACGCUCCUCGUAUCUUCCAACUUCAACGGGAGACUUCAUAUUUGACACAAGACCAAUUGUCAGUUGCUGCCUAUUACACCAAGUUGAAAGGUCUUUGGGAUGAACUUACUUCCUACACAGAUUCUUCUACCUGUACCUGUGCAACCCAUGGUGAUCGCAACAAACUCAUGCAAUUCCUUAUGGUAUUGAAUGAGUCUUACAAUGUUGUUCGUGGCCAAAUUCUCUUGACGAAUCCCUUGCCGUUUGUUAGGCAAGCAUAUGCCUUCAUCAGCCAAGAAGAAAAGCAACGCAUGCUUGGAGCCUCACGAGCUGCUGCUGGAACUCCCGAUACUGCUGCCAUGGCUGUUAGAACUGGACGCCCUAAUCAGAAUCAAUCCACCAACCGCGAGGAUCGUCGCACUGACAGGUCAGACCAAAACCGCUCCCAGACCUCCAACCGUGAUGACCACCGCGCUGGAUCUUCAAGAAACCGACCCCAUUGCACCCAUUGUGAUGACGAUGGCCAUCACAUUGAUACCUGCUAG